GGUUUAAGCGCUCUCUCUCUUCCCAUAGGCUGAAAGCGAACGAGUUGAGUUGAGUUGGAACGGAAGAUCACGACACGACACAGUAGAAGAAAUGCACUCCAACCCCACUCACAGCAACGGCUACCACCACCAACAACAACAACAAUCCGGCGGCGACCGGCGACCGGCAAUGACUCACCGGGAAAGAGUCCGGCGAGGACCUCGCGGCAGCUCGAGAUUGCGCGAGUCGAGAGACGGCCAUGACGGCGCUGCUGGCCUUAGGGUUUCCGGCCAGAAACAGCAGCAGAGACCGCCUUGUACGGACUUCGACAUGGCCUACUUCCAUUCCUACGCUCACGUCGGCAUCCACGAGGAGAUGAUCAAGGAUCGGGUGCGGACUGACACUUAUAGGGCAGCCAUCAUGCAGCAUCAGAGUUCCAUUGCAGGCAAAGUUGUAGUAGAUGUUGGCUGCGGCACAGGUAUUCUUUCCAUAUUUUGCGCUCAGGCUGGUGCAAAACGAGUGUAUGCAGUUGAUGCAAGUGAGAUUGCAAUACAGGCAAAUGAAGUUGUAAAAGCGAACAACUUAUCUGACACAGUCAUUGUACUACAUGGGAGAGUUGAGGAUGUUGAAAUCGAAGAAGAGGUUGAUGUUAUAAUUUCAGAAUGGAUGGGUUACAUGCUUCUAUAUGAGAGCAUGCUGGGAAGUGUUAUUAUUGCCAGAGACCGUUGGCUUAAACCUGGAGGUCUUAUACUUCCUUCAACUGCAACGUUGUAUAUGGCACCAGUGACACACCCGGAUAGAUACAGUGACAGUAUUGAUUUUUGGCGCAACGUUUAUGGAAUAGAUAUGUCUGCAAUAAUGCCAUUGGCAAAACAAUGUGCAUUUGAAGAACCGUGCGUGGAGACUAUAGUGGGCGAAAACAUCUUGACAUGGCCACAUGUGGUAAAGCAUGUUGACUGCUAUACAGUAACAAUUAGUGAGCUAGAAUCUGUUACCACAAGAUUUAAUUUCAAGUCAAUGAUGCGAGCUCCACUUCAUGGAUUUGCGUUUUGGUUUGAUGUUGAAUUUUCGGGACCUGCAAUAUCUCCUAACAAUAAUCAGACAACAUCCUUGCUUACUGACACACAUCCAGUGGAUGGAAGUCAGAGGAAGAAACGGACAAACCCAAAUGAAGCAUUGGUGCUGUCCACUGCACCCGAGGACCCUCCAACACAUUGGCAACAGACAUUAAUUUAUUUCUACGACCCCAUAGAAGUGGAGCAAGAUCAACUGAUUGAAGGUUCCGUGACAUUAUCACAAAGCAAAGAAAACCCUCGGUUCAUGAACAUUCACCUCGAAUAUGCAUCGGGGGGCCGUUCCUUUGUGAAAGAGUCCGUGAUGCGGUGAUAGUACUUGCUGCAUUCCAGGUUGUGGCUAGUUAAAGGAAGAAAGUUGUGGUAACUAACUACCAUUUUCCACCUACAGCUCUCAUACUGCCCCGCAAAGGCAAGACUUUUGAUAGAAUUUGAAAAACACAUCUCUGGGGUACUAAAGAGGGCUCAUGCGUUUUACUCAUUAACCAUGUAAAGCCUCACAGAGAUAGACAUACCGCACAAAAGACUGAUCUUAUGAAAGUUUUGGUGACAACUCUUCUUUACAAAUGCUGAUUAUUUAGGAUGGUCUUGAAUCUUGAUGUUGUAUCUCAACCUCAUUCUUAAAUUUAGUUGGAGUUCAUUUGGAUGUGUAAGAGAUUCAUGCAACCGUGCUAUUUUUGUAGCUCUUUGCAUGCUUUACAAAACCAUUUAUCAUAAACAUUUGACCAUUUUUCUUUC